AUGUCUACCACAACUACUGAGCAAACUACUGUUGUUCCAUCGCAAAACUUGUUGAAUGACAAGUGGGAUGUUGUCUUAUCCAACGCCUUGAUUAAGACUGGAUUGGGUCUUGGUGGUGGUGUUUUGGCUUCCAUCAUUCUUUUCAAAAGGAGAGCUUUCCCUGUAUGGAUUGGUGUUGGCUUUGGCUUAGGAAGAGGAUAUGCUGAAGGUGAUGCCAUUUUUAGAUCUACCCAAGGUAUUAGAACCGUCAAGUCCUAA